AACCAGUAUAGUCCAGUUCGCUCUGUGAACCGGAGACAAUCUGUAACACCUAGGUGUUCAGUAUUUAUUCAUCAUUAGCACAACUAUUGAUCUCCCAAUCUUCCAUUGCAUAUAUUCCCUUUCCUUGUUCUCUCCCCCUCUCUCUCUCUCUCUCUCGACGAACACAGUAGAGACUCGUCAAUCUCAAUCAGAUCUCCUACUAAUCGAACUCUGAAUACACACACACACACAUAUAUAUAUAUAUAUAUAGCAGAAUCACAACUUCCAGUAUUGCAUUCGCUCUUCUAUUUGUGGUUGUUCUCCGUUCAGUUUCUCUUUACAUAACUCUCCCAGACAAGGUUAGGAUGAGUACCUGAACUUUGAAGGAUAACAUGAUGGGUCGACGACAAAAAGCUGCUAAAUUGACUAGAAAGGGGGAUCAACUUAUUCAACUACCAGAUGGGAUUCUUUCCAAAAUCAUUUCUAUGCUGCCAUUGAAAGAGGCUGUGAGAACUAGUGUCCUAUCAGAACGAUGGCGAUUCAUUUGGAUUGAUCAUGCUGACCUCUAUUUUGAUUCUGCUAAUAUACUUGGGAGCAUUGUUUACUCCAACAGCAUAUCUAAUUGUCAAUCUGAGUUGGAUAGAAAACUGCAGAGGUGUAAGUUUCUAAAGUGGGUCAAUCACUUUAUGCACCAACGAUGCAAAGGCACAAAAGUGGACUCUUUUGCUGUUCAAUUUCACUUGAGCAAGGAUUCUGCUCUUCACAUAGAUCAGUGGAUCAGUUGUGCAAUCACAAAGGGAGUUGAAAACAUUGAUCUUGACUUAUCGGAGUCAUGCAGCUUUAUGGUGGAUCAUGCCUCUUCUACUGCAUCAGAAAAAUACGAGUUCCCUUGCUGGCUUCUUGUUGCAGCUGGAAAAAGAUGUAGUGUAAAGCAUCUGCAACUGGCCUCAUGCAGUCUCAGUGCUCCUCCAGGUUCCAGCAGUCUCACCUCUCUGAGAACCAUUCAACUGCAAGGAGUAAAUAUCAGUGAUCAACAGCUAGAGAAUCUCUUAUCAAGUUGCUUGUUUCUUGAAGGAUUAAGUUUGCAUCUGUGCAAUGAUCUUGUCAAUUUAAAAUUUGCUGGUCCAAACCUCCGGCUGAAGCUUUUGAGUGUACAAAACUGUAUCAGAUUGCAGGCAAUGGAGUUAUGUGCAAAGGAUCUUGUUUUGUUGGAAUAUACUGGUCACUUAAUUAGCUUAUACUUCAAAAAUGUCCCAAGGCUGGCUGAAGCUUUUCUGAAUUUCACUGGAGAGAGCAGACUGGAUGGUGGAAUUUAUGCCCUCACAAGAUUUGUGAGCGAUCUACCUCAGUUGGAGACUUUUAAUUUCGUCUCGAUACUGGCCAUGAAGAUACUAAAUCUUCCGGAAACUGGGCCUACAUUCACCAAUAUCAAGCAAUUUGUGCUGACUGUUUUUCCAUUUGAUGAUGAAGACAAACUCUGCUGGAUUAGUUAUGUCCUGAAGGCUUUCCCUUUAUUGCAAAAACUACAGUUAAAUUUGUUUUGCCCAAGCUUUAUCACAACACAACCAAAAGAGAUAGAAAGAGUCCUUCCUGUGUGCCCUCAUAAGCAUCUCACUGAACUAGAGGUAAAUGGGUUUUACGGUAAUCAGCAUGAAGUUUUGCUCCUCAAGUAUCUUAUUGACAAUCUAGUUGAACUCAAAGUUCUAGCGGUGAGUCCUUCCCAGAAGGUGUACAGAGGAUUCAACAACUGGGUUUAUGAAGAAGCAUUGUCAUGGUACAAAUUUAGAAUUGAGUCCAUCCGUGAGUGGCUUCAUACAGUAGUUCCCCCCACUGUCCAUUUGCAUAUUCGGUGAUAAGGUUGUAUAGUUUCUGGUGUUAUGAUACAAUACUUGCUGACGAUAAUAGAUGACCAUUCAGUUAUAGGAUUAGUUCAUUUUAUAUGACUGAUUUUGAUGUUGUACUUUGUACAAAAGUUGAAUAUUUGGACAAAAACUUAUAAAACAAAAAGUAGUUGUUUGAACGGAAUA